AUGGCUCGACCUCAACGGGACCCCGCUCCUAAAUCUAGUUCUUCACCAUCAAUUGAAAUACCCGCAGCGUUCACAGCCCGAAAACAGAAGAUCCUGUCAGAGCUGCAACAGCCUGCUGAUGAGUACACCGACAAGUCACCCAAAGGUAAUGUCGAUGCCGGGAUUCGGGAUCUGAUUGAUGAGAUCAACGGGAUAGAAGGCUAUGUCACAACCAGUAGUUGUGCUGGCCGUGUUGCUGUGUUUGUCGAAGGUGGUGAUGCUGGAGAUGGUUCUGGACGCGGGGAGGCUAACGUCAAGGAUGAGUCAACGCUUGAGCUUGAAGCUGGACUGGAUAAAGAUACUCGAAGCGAGAAGAGAACAGCAGCCUCUUCAAUGAGAACAUCUCCCGGUGGCAAAGGAGGCGGGCAUUGGCUCUACGUCUCCCACGACUCGAUUCCAGUCUCGUCCUGUCGAAAAACGCAUGGGAGUCACCAAUCGGACCAUUUUACGAAGCUGUUCCAACUCGCCUCUCCAAUUGUCGCGGAUCUUCAACAGACACCUUCUCAGUCCAACGGCAGCGACCCAGCCCGUACGAAGAUGCCGCGGCUCGUGCAUCUUUUGUUCUCUCCUCUAAUACUCCAUAUACAUUGUGCAUCCCUCGGGCACGCUCGACCCUUACUUUCCGCGGCCAUAAAUGCAGGAUUUCGCGAAAGUGGAGUACAAAGUCUACGUGUGCUUGGCGAUCAAAAUUCGGGCGUAAUGGUCGCUAUCAGGACAGCGGGCCUGGCUUUCGAGACGGUCGUUGGAGUUGUAGAAAAUGUCGAAGGUCAAGCUCAAGAUCAAGAGGUCAGGAGGAUUGUGAGCGAAGACUAUCUUGCCAUGUGUGCCACGGUGGUGAAUGAAAGAUUCAAGUGGAAUGAUGUGAGGAGGGAACGUCUCCGAGCGGAAACCCGUCGCUUCAUUGGAAGACAGCAGGGGGAGAUGAGGGAAGACGAGGAUGAGCGCAGGCUGCGGAAGAGGAGGGAAGGUCUGCUCAGGCAACGGCAAACGAAAAUGGACAGCGAGUCUGCCAAGAAAAUCGAAUCGAAGAACUUAUGGGAUCGAGACCAGGAUGGAUCAUUACAUGGUGGGCUCACAAGCCUUGAUCUUGGCUGUGCAGUCAACCUAGAGGAGGAGAAAUUGCACCAACUAUGA